GUGACUCAAAACGCGGAACGUCAAGUUCUUGGAUCUCUGAGCCGGAAAGCAAGUCUCGCUGGCAAUCAUUAUUUUUUAUUUGUGGAGGUUGUGUUACUAUUACCUUCCAUCAUCAUGUUCCAGGUAUCGCUACACCGCCCUGUCAAGUACCGCAAUGCAACAGGCAGUCUGGUUGUGACGCCAGAGGCCAUGACCUUUUCGGCCGAUGAACAAGAGCAUGAAACCGUGCCCAGCAUUGUCGAGGAAUGGGAUUGGAACCAACUCGAAAAAGCCACGGCCAACAAAGCCGGGAGCAAAACGGAUCGUCUGCGUAUCACUCUAAAGCAGGAUAACAACAACAACAACAACCGUAAUAAUAGCAAUACCGUCAUUUUUUCCUUUCCCAGCCGACAAGAACUGGAACGAGUCAAGGUGUUGGUCAAACAACGAAUCAAAGAGGCUGCUGCUGCUACUGUUGGUAAACAAAACGGCGAUAAUAUGAUGAAUGACAAUAGUCAAAGUGAAAGAUGGGAAGACAGCAUGAAUGCCAGUGAACGAUGGCCGGAACCAGUAGAGCUUCAAAAGAUUGAAGAGGUCGUCGAAGAAGAAGAAGAAGCGUCACCACAAAUACCAACAAAAGCCACCCAAAAUCCAGUGUUCAAUAGUAGUGGCAACAAACCAGAGGAAUCUGCAGAUGCCAGAACCAAAAAACGACAAUCUGCAUCUUCCUUAUCCAAUCUCAGGCAUGGCACAGAUUUGAAGCAACGUGACCGGCAGGAGGAUCAACGACGCGACAACGAUUCCAACACGGCAACGUCCGGCAGCACGGGGUCACCACCGCCAUCCAGGAAACAGCCACCCCACAAGAAUGUAGAGAGUGACAGCGAUGACUUCUCAGCAGAAGAGACCAGACAAACACAGAGGUCAACCAGACGUCCUUCAUCACAAAGGAAAAGGAGCUCCUACAAGGGAGUUGACAGUGAUGAUGACGACUUUUCAGCCGAUACCAGACAGACACAUGAGUCCAAGAGGGUCUCGUCAUCACGGAAGCAAAGGAACUCCUAUAGUAGAGUUGACACUGAUGAUGACGAUUUCUCAGCAGAUACAAGGCAAACACAACGGUCCACCAGACGUCCUUCAUCGCAAAGAAAAAGGAGCUCCUAUGCAUACAAGGGAGUCGACAGUUGCGACAAUGACGACUUUUCAGCAGAUACAUGGCAAACACAGCAGUCUAAGCGAGCAACGUCAUCAACGUGGCAACGGAACGCGAAGAAAUGCACUAGUGGAGAUAGCGACGACGAUGACGACUUCUCGGCAGAGACUAGGCAAAGCAACCAGUCGAUGCCAAGACCCAAACCAAAGACAGCACAUGCCUAUGAGGGUGACGACGACAGCCAAUUCUCAAAUGACACACUCUCGAUGGCCUCUAUAAAAAGUCAAAAUAAGACAAUCGGAAUGAAUAUAUCUGCAAGGGGGGACGCAAGAAGGGAAUGGCUUCCCAAGCCCAUCCAAGAACAGGAAGGAGAGGAGGAACAAGUGGCAGAAAAGACGAGAUUCAGCAAUCAUGCCAGGACAAUUCCUGCACCAUUAUUUCACAAUGAUGAGACUUUCAACAGCAACAAUCUCCAGAAAAGCAGUAGGAUGUAUGCUCCACAAGCAGGCAAUCAAUCCAUUGGCACACUCUUGUCACCUCGUCAUGACGAAGAAGUGGCCUUCUCCGAACCCAAUGACCAUGCAGCUGCCAACACAAUGGAAGACAAGCCUCAGAACUCCUUGCAUGAUCGAUGGAACAAUCUUUCCCUGCAUAAACAGAGGCAACCAUGGGGUGUUUGUUGUUGCUGUUGCUGCAUCACUAUCAUUGUCAUCAUUCAGAUUGUCGCAAGGGUGGUGCUGGUUGAUGAUUACGAUCAUGAUGGGCUCCGGUAUUUUCAAAGGGAUUACAAUGGUAUCGUUGUCAGAAUGCAGUCCUUCCGGAGCUUCUCCUCGGAUCAUGCCAUGUCCCUGUGCGAACAAGGCACCCAAACACCGACUAGAACGCAGUAUUAUGAACCCAAUGGAAUGAUCGGAUUUGGCGAACCAAGGGCUGAAGUCAAUUGCAAUUCACGAAAGUUGGAAAUUGAAGAUGGCCGGAAAUUGGAUUUGCCAGCAUGUUAUCUUCUCCAGGAAAACGAGGCUGGCCUGUUUGAUUGUCUUGACGAAGACGUGGCAAACAAUGGACAAGCUUUUUUGAGGCAAGUGCGGUAUUCAGAACAAGGAUGCUCUGCAGUUAGAACGAGCAAUUGGUUUCCCAUUGGUCCAUACCCCACUGAAGUCUGUUGGACUGAUUCGUACGAAGAAAUGGUUCCCAGUGGGGGGUCCUUCAAGGCAUCUUGUGCUGAGGUGCCGGGGAAACUUGUGGUACAUCGGUGGUUGGAAAGCAACAGUUGCAAUGGGCGUCCAGAUCUCACCAGUGAGCUGUCUUUAGAUGAAGGCACAUGUGAACCGCAAACAUAUUGGAGAGGAAAUGAGGUCCGAUACGUUGAAAGCAAGUGUCCAAAUAGAAUAGUUGUUGAAAACUAACACACACAGAAUAAGAGCAAGGGCAUUCCUCAUUCCACAUAAGUACCACCUCCAGGUGUGUGCCUCCCCAAGCAGCCAUUUUCUCUCACCCAUUUCCAUCUUUUUGUAAGCGGUCUUGGCCGGUCCUCACGGCAUCUAUCUGUGCAUCUGUUCCAUGAGCCCGGCAUCUCAAGUUCACCACACUGGAACUUUUUCCAAGGUCAGGGGGGAGGGGGGUACCGGUACGGAUCGUGGGC